AUCCAAGAUGCACAUGCGCGGAGACAGACAGGUCAGUCCCGUCGUGUCAGUUCAGAGAAUGAACUUGUUUCACAGACAUUUUCAACACAUUUCUGGACGCAUUUGAUGGCAUGCAUAACGUUGGAGUUUUAUCGAGCAUGCUCUCCAGAAUACCUCCGCUGCUCUUCUCUGGUUGGAGACACUUCGGCGCGAGUGCGAAAUGGACAUAUAAAUCUCCCUCGGAGCAUUUAAGACGCUUGUCAGCCCCUUCAGAAACGGGCAAAUGGACCGUAAAGGAUCGUGUGACGUUGAAGAAACUGCGGAAAAGUGGCAAGACAGAUGAGGAGAUCGCGUCUUUAUUGGGGAGGAGCGUUGCAUCUGUCAAAUGGGAGCUGCCUCGUACACAUCGAGAUCCUUGGACGGAGGAAGAGCUAUGCAAGCUUGAUGCCCUCAUUGCGCAGAAAGUGAGCAAUCGCGUGAUGGCGGACGCACUGGGACGGUCUGUAUACAGUGUCAGCAAUGCAAAAAGCAGACGCUCCCGGACAGCGUCUCAAGGCAAGCGUGCUGGUCGACCGUACGCGAGACCAAAGACUGUGCAUCGGAAAUGGACGGAGGACGAGUCGAUGAAGUUGCUGGAGAUGCGGCGCGGGGGCGCGAGUAUCGUGGAGGCCGCUAAUGCCCUUGGUCGGUCGAGGCAUAGCACUGCUCAACGUGAGAGACGGGGAGCCUCGGGUGAAAAGCACUUGGUGAUGAGCCUGGAUGAGCAGCGAAAGAUGGUUGAAAUGAGAGACUCGGGAAUGCCGUGGAAGGACGUCCAUUUCCAAAUGCCACGGUGGUCGCAAGCUGCACUCUGCCUGCGUUACCACAGGAUCAAAAGGGAUUCAUUCGAAGCAACCAGAACAGGUGAAUUGUGGAGUCAAGAAGACUUGGAUGAACUUCGUCGCCUGGUCGCAGAAGGUGUGCCAUUCCGCGACAUAGCUGUUCGGAUGGGCCGUUCGCCAAGCGGCGUCCGCAGAGCCUAUAGGUAUCAUAUCAUCAAAGAGCGGUACAACAGUGACCAGUCGAGACUUUAGAGUUGUUCGCUGACAACGCACACUUGGGAAGAGCCGCAGCCGCGGAAGAAAGUCAAGUCACCUUCGCUUCAGUAAUUACACGCUAGUUUGGAGACGGGUUGAGUCCCCCA